AUGCCGUCCUCAUCACUCCUUCUGAGGUCGAGCACCACACUCGUUUCUGCUUUGUUGUUGCUUUCUUCGUCUGCUUUUGCUGAUACUUCAACCUACUAUGCACUGGACACGGAAUAUUCGGGCUCAAAUUUCUUCGAUGGGUUCAACUUUUUUGCGGACGCCGAUCCGACCCAUGGCUUCGUCACUUAUGUUGAUGAGGGUACUGCCCGGGCAAACAACUUGAUCUCUUCGAAUGGCGGGUCGGUACAAAUGAAAGUUGACAGCCAGAACCCAUACAAUGGCAACGUGGCGUACUCGGGUAUCAACGGUGUCGGACGGCCGAGUGUCAGGAUUGAAAGCGUCAAGUCGUGGACACAUGGUCUCUUUAUCGCCGACAUCAAACACAUGCCUACCACGACAGAUGGCUCGGGCUGCGGUGUCUGGCCAGCAUUCUGGACUCUCGGUUCUGGCACAUGGCCCUAUAACGGAGAAGUCGACAUUAUCGAAGGCGCCAACAACCAAAACACCGUGCUCACCGCGGCCCACGUUGCUGGCACCUGCGUUAUUUCUCAAAGUCCCUUGGAAAUGACCGGUACUUCGAACGGUGUCAACUGUCAGUACGACGUCAACACGGGCGCCAAUGCCCAAGGUUGUGGUGCUUUCGACACCCACUCCAACAGCUACGGACCGGGCUUCAACUCCAACCGAGGUGGUGUCUAUGCGAUGGAGUGGAAAUCGGACGCCAUCAAGAUCUGGUUCUUCCCCCGAAACUCCAUCCCUUCGGACAUCGCGUCUGGAAGUCCUGACCCUUCUGGUUGGGGAUUGCCGGCCUCCAUCUUCAACGGCCCAGGCUGCGAUAUCGAUGCCAACUUUGAGGAUCACAGGAUCAUCUUUGACACCACCUUCUGCGGCGACUGGGCCGACGCGACCUGGUCCAGCGGUGGUUGUGCAGCCAGAACGGGCGUGAGUCAGUGCUCCGUCUUUGUUGGCAGCAACCCUGCGCAGUUCAGGGAGGCAUAUUGGGAUGUCAACUCUGUCAAGAUUUAUCAAUCCCGACCCGUCACCACGACAACUUCAACUUCGACCACAACCUCGACUUCGACCUCGACAACUUCAACUACGACGACAACCACAACUACACUGGUCACCACGACAUCGGCACCGUCAUCGACACCGUCAUCAUCAUCGACCACGACCUCGACUACCACCACCACAACCACAACCACGCCGGUCACUUCAACGAGCCCCGUGUCCACCCAGUCAAGCAGCACAUCGGCACCGUCAACCGGUGGCCCUGUCAUUGACACCACCAGCUCGACGUUGACGACCACCCAGUCAAGCAGCACAUCGGCACCGUCAACCGGUGGCCCUGUCAUUGACACCACCAGCUCGACGUUGACGACCACCCAGUCCAGCAGCACAUCGGCACCCACAACCGGUGGGCCUGUCAUCGACACGACCAGCUCAACCGUAACGACCACCUCGCCGUAUGUGCCCACCACAACCCCCAGCAGCUCCACCAGCCUUCCAGAGACAAGCACCACGUCGCAAUCCGUUACGGGAGGACCUUUCUUCCCCAGCAGCAGCACCACCAGCAGUAGUAGCAGUAGUAGCACCCAUUACGGCGGAGGGCCAGCGACGACGUCCGAGCCUUCCACCGCCACUACUACGACCUGGGCAGACUGGUCCGGCCCGAGCUCCAGCCCCGUGAGCUUCAGCACGCCCGCUUCAUCGAGCUCGUCCACAUUCCAGUGGCAAGACUGGACCACAUCGAGCAGCAAGCCUUUCGAUCCGGCGACGACAACGUCAGCAACGACCUGGGGCGACUGGAGUGACUCGGACUCGAUCGUGACCGUGACAAUUACCAGCUAUACCACCAAGACCACCACCAUCACGACCACGCACUGCGGCUGCACCGAGACCCCCGUGCCCACGGCGUGCAUGACGACCGUGACCUUCACGCCGUCUGCCGGCUGGCCAUUCAGCAAGCCGAUCGUCGCGACCGUGCCGUGCGCAGCUCCAGCUGGAAACACCUCGCCGGCCGUCGUGCCGACCUCGACCGCUCCAGCUCCAGGACCGAGCGGAUCCUGGGGCUGGGGUAGUGGCAGCGGCAGCGACAGCGGCAGCGGCAAACCCGUGUCGCCUGUCUCGACGGACACAGGCAGCGCGUGGGUGAGCCCGAGCGUGACCCUCGCGACCACCUUGACCGUCGCGCCCGUGCAGUCUUCGUCUGCGCCCGUGUCCGCGUCCCCAUCAGCGUGGGUCGCCGCGGCCAGCAACUCUGCCACGCCGGUCACGCCAGUCGCCCCCGCGAGCACCAGCCCCUGGGUGGCGCAGUACACCGGUGCAGCGGGCCGCACGACACUGAACGGCCUUGCCAUGCUCUCGGCCAUCGCGGUCGCACUGAUCGGCGUGUUUGCUCUGUAA